AAUUUUCCCUAUACAAUGUCCGGCCACCCCUAUUACUCCCCACCACCACCACCACCACCGUCACCACCCACCAACUGCACACCGCAGCCACCUCCACCGCCACCCAAAUGUAACCCAUGUCCUUGCGUAUACAUAUGCGAAUUCACUCAACUUCCACCACCACCCAAUAACGUAACACCGGCUUGGGCCCCAAUACCACCACCACCACUACCACCAUCACCUUCACCAGACCACACUGUUAUUUUAGCCGUAUCCGUCUCACUAGGAGGAGCCUUUUUCAUUGCAUUCCUAGCAGUAGGUCUCUUUUGCUUGGCCAAGAGGAGGAAGAAGGUGGUGAUCAUUCCUCCUCCGGUUGAAGCCACCGCCUGCGUCGAGGAACAUCAACAUAUCGAAGAGACCAUCACCACCAGCCCAUGUGGAGACCAGACUGUGACUGUCACCGUCGAUGACGACGUUCGAGUUCAUGAAGCUGUUGUUGAACCUCUUGAUUACGAUAGGCCGUCUUAUAGUCACGCUGAUGGCCAUCUCAAAACUGGUUAACCUGCAAAUGACACGCACCUCUUCAAAAGGCUCAGCCCGAGCCUGCUUAAACCGUCGAAUAAAUAUAUGCAAGUUUGUAAUCUAUUUUAUUUAGCUGUAGUUUUUAUUAAAUUCUAUGGGUCGUUUCUAUAGUUAAUGCUUGUAUUGUCCGGGUGAUUCCUAUUGUUGGUC